GCGUCAGUCUUCCUGUUUGCUUCGAUGCAUAUUUUCUAAAAUAUGGCAAAUAAAAUCAGUCAUUCCUGUUUGGUGUCCAAGAUUGCCAUCACUUUAUCGAUCGUCAGUUUGUUGUUGUGCUGUGGUGUGUUUUUAAGAACAGACCUGAUGCUAAACGAGCUGUAUUCAAGAGACAUAAAGCUGUCAGACAAGAUGACUUCAAAACACGACAUGAACGAUGGUCAUCGAUUCGACAAAGAUCAUCAUUCAGAGCGAACAUUUGAGAAACAAGAAACAAAGCAAACCAAAGACGUUUUCACAAGAAAAGUAAGAGAUGUUACAACUGUAGUCAACAGCACCAUUAAUGAUGAUUUAUUAUCAAAGAAAAUCCAUCAAGUUCUCGGAAAAGCAGUAGCCAGUCUACAAGGUGGCAAAUACUGGAUUCCCGUUCCAGGACCUCCCGGUUCACAAGGAAAACCUGGUCCAAGAGGACCGAGAGGACGCAUGGGUAAAUCUGGACGUCGAGGAAAGCGAGGACCACGUGGUUUUCCUGGAAAGAUCGGACUUCCUGGUUCUAGAGGAAUGGCUGGACCAAAGGGACCAAAGGGAGAUCGUGGCACUUCCUUAGCACGUCCAACAGCACUCAUUUCACCAACACAUCUCAUCGUCAAUGAAAGCCAGUCCGCCAUCUUACAUUGUUCGUCUAGUGGUUAUCCUCGACCUGAUGUUGUGUGGAGUAAAAUCAACGGUACAUUACCACGCAAACGAGCAGUAGUUGAUAGCUGGCAAACUGAUAUCAAACACGUGACACCCAAUGACUCAGGAAUCUAUCAGUGCAAGGCUUCUAAUCUUCUUGGCAGCACACAAACAACUGCGAAACUCCAAGUGAACUUCCAUCCACGAUUAACGUUAGACAAAAGACCGAUCUACAGAAUGGGUAGCAAUGACAUUCGUCUACCUAUGUGUUAUGUGAUUGGACACCCAACACCAAAAGUAAUGUGGUCAAGGGUUUUUGGUAUUUUGCCGAAAGGUCGUUCUGCUAUGAAGGAUGGGCAACUUACUAUACUAAAAGCCAACCAAAAUGACUCCGGGACAUAUGUUUGCAAAGCCGAAAAUCUUCUUGGUUCUGUUGUAGGAUCUAUUAUGGUCAAUGUUAUUGAUCUGCCUGUGUUUGUUGUUAAGCCAACAUCUUUCUAUACAGCACAAAGAGGAACAACCGCAGUGUUGAACUGUACCGCUAAAGGUAACCCUCAGCCUGUCAUCAGUUGGCGAAAAGACAACGGCGUUCUUCCUGUUGGUAGAUAUGAAGUAAAAGAUGGCUCUUUGAUUAUACGGAAUGUCAAGCAAAUAGAUUCGGGUGUUUUUGUCUGCACUGCUACGAGUGCUGGUGUUUCACAUUCACAUGAGAACAUUUAA